UUUUGAAGUUCAGCUUACGUUUACACCAUGGACGAACAAAUUACUGGUGGAUAUAGUGAGCCAUGCGGACAGUGCGCUGCUGUGGACUGGGGAGUGUCAGACGAGGGUCAGUUCUUCUGUAAGAGCUGCCACAAUGUCAUCGAGAAAAUAAGGGAGGUAGAGGAUGUUACCAGCCUUCAUCAUAAGCAUGGCAGGAUCUCAAUAGUCAGGAAACCCAAGAAGAAAAAACAUGAUUCUGAAAGGGAGUGGUUGGUCUGUGAGGGAUUUCAGUUCAUCCUCAAACACCAGGCCAAGGCUUUGGUCAGUCUAGGUGUUUGUAUGAAGUUUGAGACAGAAGUUCUGUGGAAUUUCUGGAAGAGGUACCUGCAGAACACAAGGCAAGCUUUUACUGAAAAUCCAGUGUCCACUGCGAGGUUUGAAGUGUUUAUGAAGUCCCAGAGUGGCUCAGAGUCUGACACCCAGAGCCACCAGUCAUGCUACAGUGAGGCUUCUUCAGACACAGAGAUGUCUGUCUCAGGUAUAUCUGUUGAUGGAAGAUCCGCUGUAAGUUCGGAGUCCCUACAUUCUAUACCCCAAAAAGGGAGGAGAGGAAGAGUUUCCAAUCUUAUGUCCAUGCCACGCACACUGGCCAUGUGCUAUUUGGCUCUGCUGUGGGUUCGAGAGGCCAUCACUCUGACUGACCUGCUAAGGAUGGUCGCAGAAGGCCAUAUUCCUUACUUGCACCUUCACGAAACAUUUCCAGCAGAGAUGAGAAUGUUCGGGAAAGAUGUCCAAAUCUUUCGGGUUCUGUUCUUUCCAUCUUAUGCGUUCAUCAAAAAAGAAGCUUUAGUUCUGGCAAAGAUCAUGAAGUUGCCGUCCUUCCCAACAAUUUCUCAGGAUUGUCUUUUCCACCCAGUUCCACUCACUGUCCGCUAUCUGCUAGAGGCAAACCUUCCAGAUGCUCUUCAUGUUUGGGUCCAGAAGGUUAUAACUGGAGCUGGUAUGGAUAGCGAUUCCUUUCUGACGUUUGACCCCACUGAUAAGAAGCCUCAUCUCUUGAGUUAUGAUGUUCAAGCAGUAGCUGUCAUUAUUGUGGCCAUGAAGCUCCUUUUCAAGUUGGAUGAUCAUGUGGAAUGGAAAUUAUCUCAUGAUGCAGCCAAGAAGAAGAAUAAUAAAGUCUUCAGUUUAGAAAGAUGGUUUAACAUCGUACAGCCUGUUUUAGAGCAAGCCAGACUCAAGGAGGAACAAGAAGAAGCUCGACGGCAGUGGAAUUUUGCUAACCCUUUCAUCACAAAUCUGAAGCGCAAGUCCCUAGUUCUCAAAAAGAGACGUGUGACUGAUCAUUUGCAGCAGAGAUUUCAGAAGUUUGCAGAUCCUGCACCAGAACAGUCCACGUCCACGACAAACUCUCACACCAGCUUCCGCUUCAGCUGGGGAGAGGAGGAGGGUUCAGAUGGACCCAGUAUGUUUAACCAGAAUUUGGACUGUACUGUUAAGGCAAAAGCGGUCAAUGGCCUGGCCAACCAAAGAUACUGGCAUCCUGAACUGAGGAUAUGCCCGGAGAAUAAAUGUGUUAGUCAUUUCUCAAAAUUUGAGCCCAGUUUACCUCGGAUGUUCGUGUGGGUGCUUGAUCUCUUCUCGUUCAUUCUGGGUGUCCUUCAGUCUGACGUGUACGAAGAGGUCCUCAACGUUGAGCGACGCUUCUUAAAGAAAAAUUAUCGGCUCGACAGUCGAUUGACUUCUUCUCAUCUGAAAAAGAAAAAAGGUCCAAUUUUGUAACUCAUGCUGGUGGAGAGAAUAUCACAAACACAGACUGAAUUCAGCAUACCAGCUUCCCAGAUUCCUUUUCUUCUCCUCUCAACAGCAGGAAGACUGGUCAGACUUUCAUAGUGAUGCCUUGUCAUUUUCAGUAGUGUCUUGCAGAGUUUAGUUCUGUGAGUUUGGGAAUUAACAGUAUCUGUUGCCUUAUAAAAAAAGACAGGUUUGCCUUGUAUGCAUGGUGUUGUUUUGAUUAAAGAAAUGCAACACUUACAUUGGUUGUAGCUCCACAAAUGAACCAACAGGGGGAGUAAUGAACCUUACAAUUGAGUGCUGAUGGAUUCUUUUGUCCUGCAAUUCUCAAACAUUUUGUCUAAUGUUUGAGCAAAAUGCGUAGCAAAACUAAUUCUGCUGAAAGGCUGAAGUAGUUUUGUAUAUGAGCAGUCUUUUUACUUUAUUUACUCUUUUAACUAUAUCCUAUUGUGAUUUAUUUUCUGCGGCAUUUGCUUUAAUAGAUCAGAGUGAACGGAUGUAAGUGGUUUAACUCCCGUUAGUCUAACAAAUGUGUCUUGUAGGAGAAUGUAGCCUAUAUUUAGUCGUACUGUGACUUGCACGUAACUGCUUUGUACUUUAAUUCCACUUUUCUGCCACAUUGUCAUCAGCAUAACACAUUUGAGCCCAUAGUAUAGUUGUUUUUUACAUGUAUAUCAGCAUAAAGACAGUUGAACACUGUCUUCCAAACUAAAGUGCACUCCAUUUGAUAGUGUGUGCAAAUACUGGUGCUCAAAGCGAUCACGUUUACUUUCUUUGCAAAGAUUUGAAUGACGUGUUUGUAUGAACUUUUUUUUAAAAAUGUGUAAAGAUAGAAGUAUACUUUAGGCAUUGAGUAGUCCUUUAACCCUGAGUCUAAAUGACUACUUCUUGCUAAAUGCUUCAAAUAUAUAGCAGUUUAUAUAUAGUAAUAUAUAUUUUUUCUUGCUGUUUUGCAUAUUUGAUCAGUUAAGAAAUGUAUUGACUUAAUCUUGAGGUAAAGUUUCU